CAUAAUAAAAUCUGUCAGGGCAUAAUUCUGGUUUAAAAACCUAUCGAUUUUUCAAAAAUGUGUAUUUUAAGGUACUUUAUAAGAACGUAAAAAAAGAGCCCGGACAAACUUUGUUUUGAAGUUAAUGAUGAAAAACUUGAUUUAUUUUAGUUACGCGAAACAAAAUACUUAGUAUUGAAUUUUUUUAAAUUUUUUUUCCAAACUGAAAAAAAUGUAGCUUUUGAAGUUCUUCGUAUGCCAUACCCUUUAAGUUAUUAUUCAGUGGGUAAUAAAGAAUAUUUAUGAAUAUACGUGUGUAUUUCAGGAAUUUUUUAAAAGCAGUUAUUUUAUUAUGGACCGGCAUCAUAGUUUUCCAUGCAUCGGUGACCGCUAUUGUGGUUGAUGAUAUGGAAAUAAGUGCAGUAAAAAUAAACACUUGUAGAGGAGUGUUUGAAGGUUUUGAAGUAGAAUUUGCUUUAAUACGUAAUGAGAGGACCCAGGAACGCUUGUAUUGGGCGGGCAUCGAUCCAAAAAGUACUCAUGGAGCACGAGAACGUUUAAUAAUAACUUUUAAACAAUCGCCGUGUAAUGAAGAAAUACAGCGUAAAUUUCAAAAAAUCGAAUCCCCUUUAAAGGUAUACCUCCUUAAUAUUAUAAUUUUUAAUAUUAGUAAAAUUUAAAAUUAUUGCUUUUAAUUUUAAACUUGUUAAUAUUUUUUUUCACAUAGUUAGAACUUUUUUGGUCUGA